GGGCGGCGCUGGGGGAGCUCCGUGGGCGGCGGCGCUGGUGGGGGGUCCCGGGAAGAGAGCCCGCUCCCGCAGCAAGGCAGCCCCCGGGACACACGGUGCCCAGCAUGUCCUGGCUGUCCACCUUCAGUACGCUCUGAUGAUGAGCAUCAACUCCUCUCUCAGCCACAAGAACACCUCAGGGAACCUUACACUUCUGGAGAAUGGAGUAGGCAGAAUUACAGAGUCAAUUGCAAUUAUUGUCAUUGCCAUCUUCAUCUGUUUAGGAAACCUGGUCAUUGUCCUGACCCUCUACAAAAGGUCGUACCUCCUCACACUCAGCAACAAGUUUGUGUUCAGCCUGACUCUAUCCAACUUCCUCCUUUCAGUACUUGUGCUUCCUUUCGUUGUGACCAGCUCCAUCAAGCGAGAAUGGAUCUUUGGCGUCGUUUGGUGCAAUUUUUCAGCCCUGCUGUAUAUGCUGAUCAGCUCUGCCAGUAUGCUCACGCUCGGACUCAUUGCUAUCGACCGGUACUACGCUGUCCUAUACCCAAUGGUUUACCCAAUGAAGAUUACGGGUAACAGAGCAGUGGUGGCUAUUGUGUACGUGUGGCUCCAUUCUCUCAUUGGGUGCCUUCCUCCUCUCUUUGGUUGGUCUUCCCUAGAGUUCGACCAGUUCAAAUGGAUGUGUGUGGCUGCAUGGCAUAAACAGGCAGGUUACACUGCUUUUUGGCAGAUCUGGUGUGCAUUGCUGCCCUUCAUGAUCAUGAUGAUAUGCUAUGGAUUCAUCUUCCGGGUGGCUCGGAUUAAAGCUCGGAAGAUUCAUUGCGGGAGUGUGGUCAUUGCAGAGGAAGAUACUCAAAGGAAUGGGAGAAAGAACUCCAGUACUUCAACGUCCUCCUCGGGAAGCCGAAGGAAUGCUUUCCAAGGGGUGGUUUAUUCUGCCAACCAAUGCAAAGCUUUGAUAACCAUCUUGGUUGUGAUUGGUGCUUUCGUCAUCACAUGGGGGCCUUACAUGGUGGUUAUUACCACUGAGGCACUUUGGGGAAAAAACAGCAUUUCCCCAACUUUGGAGACAUUGGCAACAUGGUUAUCUUUCACAAGUGCCAUUUGCCACCCUUUGAUUUAUGGACUAUGGAAUAAAACGGUACGCAAGGAGUUGCUAGGAAUGUGUUUCGGAGACCGAUACUACCGAGAAUCAUUCGUGCAACGACAAAGGACAUCCAGAUUAUUUAGUAUUUCAAAUAGGAUUACAGAUUUAGGACUGUCUCCACACCUCACAGCUCUUAUGGCAGGUGAAAGGACUUUAGGACAUAGCAGUAGCACAGGAGAUACAGGAUUCAGCUACUCUCAGGAUUCAGGAACAGACGUCAUGCUACUUGAAGACUAUAGUUCUGAUGGAAUGCAUCACCCACAUUGCGUGUAUCCUCAUCGACGGAGGAGUUCAGUGACAUUUGAAGAUGAAGUGGAACAUAUUAAAGACACAACGAAGAAUUCUGUCCUUCAUGUAAAAGCAGAAGUUCAUAAGUCUCUGGACAGUUAUGCAUCCAGCUUGGCCAAAGCUAUUGAAACUGACGUGAGGAUCACUUUGUUUGGCGAUGUUUUAGCUGGUUCUUUGUUCCCAGUACGAACUAUGGGAAACAGCAGCACCUGCGCACGGCGUGGUGGCCGGACCCAUGCUGGCCAAAGGCUACAGCUACAGAGCAUUGAGGAAGGAAACACUUAAAAUGGCCUCAGUGGGCACCAGACAAAACCACUAAGGACGAUACAGGGCUGUUUCUCUUGUGAAAGAAAACAACCCAUGGAGUUUUAGUCAAGGACAUGGAAAGAUACCCGAAGACUUGGCUUAACAGUAUUAGUAUAUGUGUGUGUGUUUAUAUAAAUAU